GGGCGGUUCGGCGAAGAUUUCUAUCUCUUGGCAACUCUCGCCCUCUUUAGUGUCACACAUUCAAAGUUGGGGCUGAGGGAAGGGGGGACUGGACUGGGCUCUGCUGCCUGCAGAAAGGAGCUCUGGCUGGCCGGUUGGCGGGGCUUUAUUUGGAGGAAGGGAGAGAGCCAGAGAGAAAGAGAUGACAGAGGGAGGCUGAGAGGCGGUUGCGGGUGCGUGUCAGGGAAGUUGGUGCUCUCCUCAGUACGAAGGCUGCAGGAAUCAGUGGGUCGUUGUUGUGUAUCCCUGAUGUUGUUGGUUUGGGCUGCGCUGCCGUUCUUGCGAGGUGGGGGGGGGGGCGGGGGGACCGGGAUCUUGUUGGACGGGGCAGUGAUUUUGUUUUGUCUCCAGGGGGUUGUGUGCGCUUCAGUCGGGACAGUGUUUUGUAACAUUGGUAAGUGAUUGGGCGCAGCUGUCGCCCUUGCACCAAGGAGCCACAGAUUGUUGGGGUUCGGUUGGCGGUUGCUAUUGUUCUUGCGGAGUUGCAGUUAAUUCACUUUCCGGAUAAGAACGACUAGUAACUAACCUGCCGAAAGAAAGAAAUCAUCUGGAGAGAACAGGAUCCAGUCGGGCUCUGUGGAACGUCAGGGGAGAGGUGGGGACUGUAGGUCGAAUUGAUUCUUAGGUAGUAAGGAAGCCCCUUCUUCUCCCACCCCCCAAGAACUGAAAUUUGUUCUGUUGGAACUAACUAUGAGAAGUUGAAAAAGAGCCGGGGGUGUUUUUGUUAGUCUAUUUGCUUUUCCUUCGUCUAGCCUUGGUCAAAGCCUGUUAGGGUAGGGCGGAGGCUACGGUGAGAAGGGAGGGCGGGAAAGUUUCCGGCGUUUAGUUAAGAAAACGGCCUGGCUGUAGGUGGACCUUCCUCCCGGUCCUUAGAAUUGCUGCCGGAAGUGGCAGAGUUUCUUUGAGACGAUUUGAGAUCUCCGGAGUGUUAUCCAAUACCCAGUUAGUGGUGAUUCCGGACAGGCCCUGGGUGUCUUUACACCACCCAGCUUGGGGGUCGAUACUGAGGGUGACCCGAAGAGCUUUAGAGGAGUCACUGAGCAGGAGUGCUGGCGUGGGGAAAAGGCCCAGAGUGUCUCGGCAAGCUCCUAUUCGAGAGGUCUCGGCUCUCCUUCCCUGCCAGGAUGGAACUGAGAUCCGAGAUGCCCAGCGUGCCCUCGGGAACUUCGUCGGUGCCCCCCAGUUCAGUAGCUGCGGCCGCGGCAGCCGCAGCCGCUAGUCUGCCGGUGAGCGUGGCCGGGAGCCUUCUGCGGGCGCCGCCGUUGCUCCUGCGAGCGGCUGAGAAGUACCCACGCACGCCCAAGUGUGCCCGGUGCCGGAACCACGGCGUCGUGUCUGCGCUCAAGGGCCACAAGCGCUACUGCCGCUGGAAGGACUGCCUGUGCGCCAAGUGCACGCUUAUCGCCGAGCGCCAGCGCGUCAUGGCCGCCCAGGUGGCGCUGCGCCGGCAGCAGGCGCAGGAGGAGAACGAGGCCCGCGAGCUGCAGCUGCUCUAUGGCACAGCCGAAGGGCUGGCCCUGGCCGCGGCCAACGGCAUCAUCCCGCCCCGGCCCGCCUACGAGGUCUUCGGCUCGGUAUGCAGCGCAGAUGGAAGCACAGGGGGCUCAGAGAUCAAGCUGCAGAAAUUCGACCUGUUCCCCAAGACGCUUCUGCCCAACCGGGCCGCUACCCCACAGCAGACCAAGCCCUUGUCGCCAGAGGGGGCAGACGGCGUGCCAGGCACCUCAUCCCCGGAGGCGACCCGCCACGGCUGCGGCUCGGGCUCGGAGAACGGCGACGCCGAGUCCUCCCUCAGCUCGCCUGUCUCCAAAGGCGCCAAGGACAGCAGCGGGGGCGGCGCGCUCGAGGAGGAGAGUCCGGGCUCGAUCAGCCCGCUGGGCUCCGACUCCGGCUGCUCUGAGGCGGAGCGAGAGGAGGCAGGAGCUCCAUCGCCCGGCCUGGCCGCCGCAGCAGCCGUGGCAGCGGCAGGGGCAAGCCGGCAGCAGCGGACGCCCUUGGACAUCCUGACGCGCGUCUUUCCCGCGCACAAGCGCAGCGUGCUGGAGUUGGUGCUGGCCGGCUGCGGAGGGGACGUGGUGCAGGCCAUCGAGCAGAUCCUCAACAACCACCACCACCACCGAGGAGGCAGCCCGGGCCAGAGUCUUGCCGCCGCCGCCGCCGCCUCCACUGGACUUAGCUCGGCGGCGCCGGACAAGGCGAGCGACGAGAGCUGGGUGCGGGCAGCUGGAGACGGGCCGGGCUCUCUGGGCGGCCUGCAGGCGUCACCCGCCAGCGCCGCCGCGCACCACCGCCCCCUGCUGGCCGGCGCCAUGACUCCCGCCAUAGGCGCGCUGGGCAGCCGCUCGGCCUUCUCGCCCUUGCAGCCCAACGCCACCCACUUUGGCGCGGCGGCGGCGGCUGAGGCCAGUGCCUAUCCUCUGGGCACGCACCUGGGCUUGUCUCCCCUGCGGCUGGCCUACUCGGCGGCAGCAGCUCACAGCCGGGGCCUGGCCUUCAUGACGCCUUACUCCACCGCGGGGCUCAUGCCCACGCUGGGCUUCCGGCCGCCGAUGGAGUACGCCUUCAGCGACCUCAUGCGGGACAGAUCCGCCGCUGCGGCAGCUGCAGCCGCCGCCGCUGCCGCCGCCGCCGGUGCGCACAAGGAGCAGGGCUACCCCAAUGGGCUCUAUGGGCCUUUGGUCAACAGCACCCCAGAAAAGCAGUAGGGUAGUCCGGUCCCCGGCGCCAAGCCCAGAACAUGGACUCAGAUCCCACACGAGCGACAGUCGUAGCUAUACGUAAAUAUCCGCAUCGAAAGAUAUAUUUCUACGUGUAUGGAGUCGAGAUUGUGCGAGAGACUUUGGGAUAAGCGAGUAUUUUCUUGCCAUCAGGGAAACAGCGGAAGGGAUGAGAUGAUCCUGAUCUUCAGCAAUUGAGUGGCGUGAUCUAACCAAGAGUUCUGUUUUGCAGUAGUGAUCGCAGCAGUCAUUACUUAUAAUUUGCACUCAGACGCUAAGCGUAUUAUUUAGAAGAAAGUUCACUUGAAAGCAAAUCAGUGGGGUUAAUUUCACGUUUAGGCUUCUGGACUAGACGUGAGUGGAUUUUUAACAUCUCCCACUUUAAAUUGCCCCUAAUAAAAAGUCUUGCCUCAUUCUUUCAGGAAUGAAGCAAUGUAACUACCAAUUUAAACUGAAUGGGACAUUUAGCUACCGAUUUAAAACGGAUUUUUCUUCGAGCACGUGGAAGGGGCAUAUGAAUUAUCAAAUAUACGAGUACAUAAAUGAUGCCUAAUUAUUUCGUUGCCUUCUGUGAGCGUUUACAAUGGAAGCCCUAACUUGCCCUACCCAAACCGUGAGUCCCAACUGAUUUGUAGGUAGUCAGGAUUUCAUUUCACCCUAUCUGUUGCAGCGAAGAGUGGUCAAAUGUGUGGGAGAUUACUUGGUGUAUUGAAAUAUAUUUUUAAAAUGGUAAAGGCGCACUUUCGUUGUUAAAAGUUGUCGAUCAUGUUUUUAUCUUUUGCUUAUGCCCAUAAGCAUGGAUAUUGGUGCGUUGUGAGAUUUAUAUACACAUACCCGUGUGUGUGUAUACCUACAUAAUACAUAUAUAUGUAUACAAGCAAGUGUAUAGUAUGUUAUAAAAUGGAAAUCUAAGUUAUUAAUGUAAUUUGUAGGUGAAUUUAGUAUUAAUGGUAAACUAAAAAGGUUAGUCCGUUUUCAGUUUAAGACGAGCAAAGCAUAGAGAUUAAAUAUAUUGUAAAGAAUUUUAACGCCUCUUUUUAUUCACUCGCUAGGGGGGAAAGAUACAAUUUGUAAAUAAGGUUGCAAAGUAGACAUAUUUGUAAUUGUCCUUUGGAUCCAAAGCCUGUGCUUGACACUGUUUUAACGAGUGAUCUGCAAGAAAAACCAAUGCUGUCUGGUUUCAGUGUAGCAAAAUUCUUGCUGUUUCAAUUUCUGUCUUUUCUCUCUGUUUUCAUUUCAUAGAAAUCCUAGAAAUAAAUGUUAUUUUGUAUUAAAACCAGUCUUAUCAAUA